CUCAGACCAGGCUCAGACCAGGCUCAGACCAGUCCCAGACCAGGCUCAGACCAGGCUCUGACCAGUCCCAGACCAGGCUCAGACCAGGCUCAGACCAGGCCCAGACCAGUCCCAGACCAGUCCCAGACCAGGCUCAGACCAGGCCCAGACCAGGCCCAGACCAGGCUCAGACCAGACACAGACCAGGCGCAGACCAGGCUCAGACCAGGCUCAGACCAGGCUCAGACCAGGCCCAGACCAGGCUCAGACCAGGCUCAGUUGCAAGCAAAGUUCUUGAACAGAACUGUUUGGGACUUUUUCACGUCGCCAUGGCGUCCACAGGUCUACAGCUACUUGGCCUCCUGUUAGCUGUGAUGGGCUGGGUGGGCGGGGCUCUCGUCUGCGCCGCCCCCUUGUGGCGAGUCUCCGCCUUCGCGGGCGGAGAGAUCGUGAUCGCCCAGGUUCUCUGGGAGGGGCUAUGGAUGACGUGUUUGUCUCAGAGUACGGGACAGAUCCAGUGUAAGACUUAUGACUCUACCCUGGCCCUCCCCAUCUCCGCCCAGGUGUCCCGUACCCUCUCCGUGCUCUCCCUCCUCCUCUGCCUCUUCGCACUCCUGCUUGGCGUGGCCGGGGCUAAGUGCACCAAGUGUCUAGGGGAAGGAGCCUACUUGUCCAAGGCUAGGCUAGCCCGCGUGGCUGGGGCUCUAUUCUUCUUCUCCGGGCUGCUCUACCUGAUACCCAUCUGCUGGACGGCCCACGCCGUGGUCAGGGAUUUUUACGAUCCAAAUGUCGCCGCGCUGCUGAAGAGAGAGUUAGGCCCCGCCUUGUAUCUAGGCUGGGGGGCGGGAAUCCUGCUGCUGGUGGGAGGGGCUCUGCUGAACGCAGGCUCCUCCCCUCCAGGGGUUAGGGCAACACCUACUUUUGGGGGAGGUGGGAGGAGUAACCCACUGCCUGUGGUGGUAGAGGAGAAGGAGUAUGUCUGAACCGUGCCACACCAGGGUUGUGUUCAUUACGUUGAGAGAAAAUGGACUGAAACAGGGAGGGACUACCUGAACGUGUCCAAUAAGAAAUGUUCAUUUUCAUUGUCCAUUGUAAAACAUUUUGCAACAUUAUGCCCUAAUGAAAACAACCCCAUCACUAAAUUCUCAGUGAAGGAGAGACAUGUCAAAAUGUAAAUAAGAAAAUGCUUAUGAUUACAUUUCAGAAAAUGUGCAUGAUUAUUUUCCAUUUCUUAAGACCACUUGUAGACAGCUUUGUUAUUUUGCUAUGACAUCAUCUUCUAGUUGUUUUUAUUAUGACAUCAUCUUCUAGUUGUUUUCAUUAUGACAUCAUCUUCUAGUUGUUUUCAUUCUGAUUUGAGUUUUCUGUGUUAACUUCUUCUUAGUGAGUGUAAUUUAUAAAUGAAAUAAUAAAGUGUUUUACAACA